AUGCCUUCUUCUUCCAUUCAAAUUCAAAGAAUCCAAACAAACGUCACCAACCCCACCGUCACCGCCACGGCCACCAUAAACCACCAUAAACAACCCUCUACAACCACCAUAUGGAGAGUACCAUCUUCUAUCUGGAUCCCCGAAGAUCUUAUUCAUCAUCACACACACGCGGUUGGUCCUCACCAGUGCUCCUCCGCCGUUGUCAAAUCUAUCUCUGCCCCCGUCGCUGCCGUCUGGUCCGUCGUCCGCCGCUUUGACAACCCCCAAGCGUACAAACACUUCCUCAAGAGCUGCAACGUGAUUCUCGGUGACGGUGAUGUGGGUACUCUCAGAGAAGUCCAGGUGGUGUCAGGAUUGCCGGCUGGAUCCAGCACCGAGCGGCUUGAGAUCCUAGACGACGAUCGCCACGUCAUGAGCUUCAGCGUUGUCGGUGGUGAUCAUCGUCUUAACAACUACCGAUCUGUCACCACUCUCCACGCGUCACCAAACUGCGACAAAACAACCGUCGUCGUGGAGUCAUACGUCGUCGAUGUACCGCCGGAAAACACCAAGGAAGAGACGUGUGUUUUCGUUGAUACAAUCGUUCGAUGUAACCUGAUUUCAUUGAAGCAGAUCGCUGAAAAUGUGUCCAAGAACUAA